AUGAAAUUUCCGACUCUAGAGAAUAACCUAAUGGGUAUUAUUGAAUCUCCAACACCUGACGAACAUACAAGAGAUAAGACAUUCUUUCCUACAAAUCAAGGCAUUGAUAGAGGACUGGAAGAUCCAACUGCUAUAAAUGAUCAAAGAAUCUCUCCUAUUAGACCUUUACACUUAAUGGAUAAUAAUGUAAGAGGAGGAGGAGGAGAUCAUACCGAGCGUUUUUCUCGCAAAGUAUUCGUUGGUGGCUUACCUCCAGAUAUCGAUGAAGAUGAAAUCCACAAUUCCUUUUGUCGGUUUGGCCCUCUUACAGUUGAUUGGCCACAUAAAGCUGAAAGUAAAUCUUACUUUCCUCCAAAAGGAUACGCUUUCUUAUUAUUUGAGGAAGAAGUCUCUGUUCAGAAAUUGAUAGAGUCGUGUGUUCGUGAUGAUGAUAAAUUGUUUAUGUAUGUCUCAAGUCCAACCAUCAAGCAUAAACCUGUUCAAAUUCGACCUUGGAAUCUAUCCGAUAGCGAUUUUGUUAUGGAUAAUUCGAAACCGCUCGAUCCAAGGAAGACAAUUUUUGUUGGCGGUGUGCCUCGUCCACUUCGUGCAUGCGAGCUAGCUAAGAUUAUGAACGAUUUCUAUGGUGGUGUUUGCUAUGCUGGAAUUGAUACCGAUCCGGAGUUGAAGUAUCCUAAAGGUGCUGGACGUGUUGCUUUUUCAAAUCAACAGAGUUACAUUGCUGCCAUUAGCGCCCGCUUUGUUCAGCUACAACAUGGAGAUAUUGAUAAAAGGGUCGAAGUUAAGCCGUAUGUUUUAGAUGACCAAAUGUGCGAUCAUUGCCAAGGAGCACGAUGUGGCGGAAAAUUUGCUCCUUUCUUUUGCUCUAAUGUUACCUGCUUGCAAUAUUAUUGCGAACAUUGUUGGGCUAUGAAUCAUUCACGCCAGGGAAAAGAAUUUCAUAAGCCUUUAGUUAAGGAGGGUGGUGAUCGUCCUCGAACUGUCCCAUUUCGAUGGAGUUAA